AUGUUUGCGGACCGCAAAUAUCAAUUACAUGUUGCUCGAGUUCAGACAAGACCGAAACCCGAUUACGUUAAAAGUGAAGUGUCAAAGUGUGGCAAGCAAAUGACCAGCACAACACCGACUGCCACUGAACACAUGAGACCAUUCGCUUUGAAGAUGUGGUCGAUCACUCUUCUUCUCUCCAUCGCUCUAGUCAUAUCACAUGGAACGGCGGUGGGAACGGGCAGCGAAGUAGCUGAUAGAUUGCGGGAAACAACGCAGGCUGCAGUUGAAGAGGCAGGCAGUUCAAUGAGCGGUACCCCUGAUGUUGUCAGCCCAACUAAUGACAGCAUCUCCGAUCUCACAGGACAGCAGAACUUUUCGGGAAUUGAAGAAACGCUAAAUGCCACCAAUAAUUCCAACUCUUCACCGAGUGCU